UUGGAGAACAGUAGGGGAAAGUGGAAAGUUCCAGAGAGCCGUUGGAAGCUUGAAGAUAAAAACAGAACGGAGUCAACAGACCGUCGCUGGUCGAAGCGACAAACAGAUCGGUAGAGAGAGAGAGAGAGAGAGAUGUCAGGAGAGAGGAAGAGAAUCGUGAAGCUGUUUUGCCCGUCUCUGUCGAAGGUGGCGGCGUUCGUGGCUUUGGACGAUCAGAUGCUGGACCUCGGUUCCAUGGCGCGGGCGUUUGGAUUGGAGCCCUCGACCUUGAAGCUCAACGGCCACUUCAUUAGCAGAGGAGUCGAUUUCAUUGCCUCCUCCGUCACCUGGAAGUCGCUCCUCUCCUUCUUCUCCUCUCGUGGCCUGUCCACCGGCGCCUCCGACGCCGACGCCCUCGUCGUCGACGGCAAGCUCUGUAAACUCGGCACCAAGCGGUUUAUUGAUUAUAAUAGGAAUAUCAUCAAAUGCGAUGAUAUUGGUCUGAAGAGAAAGCAAUGCAUGGAUGAUGGCAGUCCCCUAAAGAGGAUGAGAAUCAAUGGAAUUAACUCAGGAUCAAAAGCAGCAGAGAAUGGUCUUUCCAGUACCGUUUCAAAAAUCCAAUUGCGUUGCAGUUCUUUUGGUGAGAGUUCAAAACGAAUGAGAGAAGAUGAGAUAGUUACUGCUGCUCCUAGCAAAAGGAUAAGGUGAUGAGGAAGAUGAUACUGAUUUCCUUGUCUUUUUCACUGUGGAUUUACAAACAAAAUCAGCCCUGUAGAUUGCCUGAGGGAUGACCACGGAGCUCUUGUAAGAUGGGAACGUAAGAAUAGUGUACAGAUGUUUUCCUGUUCUUGUAAUGAUAUAUCAGUUUCCUGUAAACGAUCAAAUGGGCUUAUUUGUUGAAGAAUAUAGUUAUCUCCAUAUGAAGCUACCAAAUCAGACCUUGAUUUAGUA